AUGGAGCCGGCAAGUAUCCCAAGAAUUCCAAUGCUCGCUCAAUCUCUAACACGCUACUUCGUUGCAGAGAAAGGUGGCAAUGGCUUCUUUGUCAACAUCCCUGGCCAGGACCAAGCUAUUAUCUUCACAGCAGGUCAUAACCUUAUGGAUGAAAACGGCAAAAGAACCCAAAACCUUCGAGCCUGGUGGUCUGAUCUAGGGGAGCAACACAAAGGGGUAGAGAUUCUUGAGAAAGAUACACGGGUCAGCAAGAUCUUUUCGACCAAGCCCAACGAAGAAUCUGCCAUUGAUGAUUUCGGUAUCAUUAUGAUCCCCAAGACCAACAAUCCUCCCCCUCCCAAGACAGCAUUUGGAUUCGCUCUAAGACUUGCUGAGGAGGAGCGACUAGAAGGUAUUUGUAACAUCUCCAGCUACUUGACCACUGCCAAGCCUGGCGAGCCGCCUACACGCAGUACAGGACGCUUCGUUAAUCCUAUACUGAAACAGCAUCAGCUUGAGUAUCUGACGUAUACUGAGGCUGGCGUAAGUGGCUCCGUCGUCUGGACUGGAUAUAAUGGAACUCCGGUAGCAGUGGCCAUCCAUAACUAUGGUCCCAAACGAAAGAGUCCCAAGUAUGGAAGUCGUGGCUCACGUAUAGAUAUGAAGAUGAUGCGAGAGAUCAUGGAAUGGACUGGCGUUUACAAAAGGGCUGUUGCCAUUAUAGCCCAACCAGCCAACAGAAAACAGCCAACUCCCUCACUGCCCCUCUGCAUGGCCUGGUCCGAACAAGACAAAGUUCUCCGCGUCCACGUCCAAGAUGACACUGAACCCACCGCAGAAGAAGCAACAUUCCAAGCCCUCCCAGUCUUCUCCGCCGCAAUGCUCCCCCGAAAAGAACCAAAGGAGGAAAUCGGCUUCGCACAGAUUGACAAGAGACCCAAAGCUGCGGAGGACGCGAUGCGCUGGGUGUCGUGGAACUUUGACUGGAACAGCGUUAGUUUCGCUAGUGCCCUGAGCAGAGCGCGGCUAGUCAAAUGGGAUGUGAAGGGGCCGUGGGCCGGGAAGAUGGCCGGGAUGACGUUCAGUUGGGGUGAUGCGAUGCGAGAGGUGGUGUUUCGGGUUGAUGAUGAGGUUGUCAAGAAGUGGGAGCUUAAUCUACCUGACACUGAGUACACCGGUAUUGCAUAUCAAGACAAAUCAGAUUCAAAGUUCGAGAAUGCCUACAAGAAGUUUAUUAUGAAGGAUGUUUAG